GUUUGGUCAACUGGGUGAUCGAAGUUCGGACCUCAGAGCCGGACCCUUGAAACGAGGGCUCCAUAUUGAUAAUAAAAUGAGGACCCUUUCAUGAAUUAAGGUUCCUCCAUAUAAUGUGAUACUAAUUAUAAAUCUUAUCAUUAUGUGGGAGACAGCCCGAGAAGAUUUCCCACCCGCUGAGUAAUAACCAUAGCUUGCUCCAGUCAGUGCUGCCAUCUCCUGUACUAGUGUCCAGCUAACAGUGUAAACAAUCAUUCAACAGCUCAGACUCACCGUGUACAGAGUGCGUCUACUACUACUCACUUGACUCCACAUAAUUUCCUUAGAAGCCAUGUUUAAUUCAAAUGCAUAUUAAUUUUUUUCUUUCUUUCUACUAUCAUUAAGCCAAUAAGGAACUCCCACACCACCCCUGCACAUGCGCUGUAGACGCUUAAGAAGCGAACUCGGAGGUUGUGGAGCACUGGCUGAGGGAGUCGGUGCUUCUCUGCGAGACGUAAACAUCAAAUGGCAAGACUUUUCUUUCAUCAUUAUGAGUGCCAAGAAAAUGGAGUCACUUACACCCAUGGAGGUUCACACCAUCCUGCGGGCUUCGGACGCUGAAAGUGACGAGACUUUUGAUCCAGAUAACUUGGAGAGGACCGACGAGGAUGACUCAAGUGAUUAUAAUAAUGACUCAACCUGUCCUGAGUCAUCCACCAGCAAACCAAGGAUCCAUGAUCAGCACAUAAAGUCAGAAGUCAAAGGUGCGCAAAACCGAGAAAACCUUAACAAGGUGGUGAUGGCUGUGAAGCGGAGCUUCAGAGAUGCAUGGCUGGACAUUGAAGAUUUCCAGCCCUGGUUGUGCUGUGUUGAGGACAAUCCAUCGAGGGCCUUUUGCAACAUAUGCAAGAGGGAAGUGAGUGCAGAGUUGACAGCCAUCAAACGUCACAAAACAUCAAAGAUGCAUGCAGUUUAUGAGGCCUCGGAACAACAGGAGAGGAUCCCGGUCCACCAUGGGAAAUAUGCAGCAAAUGGAGUAGCCGUAGCAACAAUUCUUUUUGCUUGCUUUAUAGCCGAGCACAACUUGCCAUUUACCACUGCAGAUCAUUUAGUAGACCUCAUGAAGAGGAUGUUUCCUGAUUCUGUAAUUGCUCAAGGCAUGAACAUGAAAAGAACAAAAUGCACAGAGGUUGUGAGGACGUUAGGACGGUGUGUCACCGAGGAUUUAGUAGAUAAGCUUAGAGAAAACAAAUUUUCCAUUAUUGUUGACAAAACAACAGAUAUUAGUACGAUGAAAGCAUACUCUGUUCUUGUAAGAUUUUGGGAUUCAACCACAAUCAGCAUUAAAUCUGGGUUAUUAGAGCUGAUCAAUGUAUAUGGUGAUGAAUUAUCUACAGGGUUAACAGGGAAAAAUUUGUAUAAUUUAAUUAUGAAAACAUUAGAAACACACCGAAUUCCACAUGGGAACCUGAUUGGCUUUGCUGCUGAUGGCGCUAGUAACAUUAUGGGAGAACACAAUUCUAUAAGCAGCAGGCUAUGUAUCACUAUUCCUGGUAUAACCAUAUUGAAAUGUAUAUGUCAUUCUAUUCACUUAUGCACUUCAGAGGCUGCAAAAACGCUACCACGGCGUUGUGAAGACAUGAUAAGACUUAUAUAUACUUAUUUUUCCCACAGUGCCAAACGACAACAUGAAUUUAAAGAAUUUCAAUCAUUCUGUACAGUCAAACCACACAAAGUUCUGCAUGUAAAUCAGACCCGCUGGUUAUCAUUCCACCAAGCAGUUGAAAGAGUAUUAGAACAGUGGCAGCCCCUAAAAAUGUUUUUUACUUUAAAAGAAUCAGAGGAAAGAUUGAUGGCUGUACAACAAAUAGCAGAGAGUUUUAGGGACCCUUCACUUUUAUUGUACUACAAUUUUCUUAAUUUCAUAUUACCCAAAUGUAACAAGUUAAAUCUACUGUUUCAGAGUGAGUCACCAACUAUACAUUUGUUACACGAUAGUAUAUGUCAGCUUUACAGGAAUCUUUUGGGAUAUUUUUGUCGUCCUGAAGUUUUUCAAACAGGUAAUCUUGAUGCAGUUGAUCCCAGAGAUGAUGAAAAUCACCUCCCAAUAAGCCAAAUAUACUUGGGAGCAACAAUACAUGGCCUACUGCAAAGUGAACAAUAUAGAGAACACUCUAAUGCGGUCAAGGAUGUACAAUUCAGAUGUCGUAUCUUCAUGAUAAAUCUUUGUGUGCAAUUACGUCAAAGAUUUGAGCUUGGCAGUAAGUUUUUAUGGAUGUGUUCAUUUCUGUCAUCAAAUAGGGUAUUUGAUACUAAAUCCAGGAAGGAGAUGCCAUCCUUAUACGACUUUGUGAAGGCGGUGCCCCGCAUAUACAGUGGCAGUAUACAAGUUUUAGAUGAUCAAUGGAGAGACUUAGAUGUGAUUGCUAUACCACCUGAGAUUAAGGACAGCAGUGACAUAGUGGACGUUUAUACAAAACUAGGGGAACUUAAGGACGGUGUAGGUGUUUCCCAAUUUAAGGACCUUUGUACAUUUGCUUUGCAGGUAUUGUCUCUUCCAACAUCCAAUGCAGAUGCAGAGAGACUAUUUUCUAAAUUUAAUUUAAUGAAAACAAAAUCCAGAAACACUCUGCAAACUCCCUCUAUUAAUUCAUUAAUAGCCUUGUCUGAGGCUGUGAAAUUCCAAGGUGGAUGUAUAAAUUUUACACCAAAUCAGAGGAUGUUAACUUCUGUUUGAUAUUUUUUGCUCAAUUAGUGUUUAAUGUUCCCAUGUUAUGUUAUAAUAUUAUAUGAUUGUAUAGUUUUUCGUAUGUGCAUAUUUAUAUUAAACUAAUGUGCCAG